AUGUUUCUCAUUGAGAUCAUUGCUUUCACCUUCAAUGCCGACCUCAAAAAGAUUGCUCACGAACUUAGUCGAACCGUACGUCCGUUGAGCGCUCACGAGCGCGUUACUAUACUCUCGGAUGAAGAGAUUAGUGAAUUUGUAAGGGCAACUGGAAAGGAACAUACCACCAAGGUGCUGGAACCAUCGUUCAAGAUCAUCAUUGAGCCGCUAACAAAGCUGGGCUCCAAUGAGCAUUGUAUGGCAUACAUCAUGGAUCUUAUCUGCACAUACGACGAAUCGAUAGACACUGGUGUGUCCCUACUCGACGCAAAUACAUUCUGCUCGGACGCUACGUUCCCGAACCCAUGGUAUCGCACUCUCUUUCGCCGCAAGACCGAACACUCUACGGAAAAUGCUUGGAGGACGCUAGGCGCACACGCAAAGCUCAUACAGCAGUUUCCGUUUGACGCGAAUAUUCGAUGGAUUCCUCAACGCGAACUAGCGGCAGUGAAUGGGCCGCUUAACGAGUUGCACCUUUCUUAUAUGGAGACGGGAGUGGAGACUAGAAGGUGGAAAUGGAAUGGUGCUGAGCCCUUGCGGAAAGAGUUUCUUGAGUUGUGUUUGAAGCUGCAGGAGGAUGAAAGCACUUGUAGGAAGAUAACCAAGUUGAGCUCACCAUUAGUCAGGACGGGUGCCAAUGUCCCCGCUUUUGAUCCAUGGAACGAAAGUCAGGGGUUUGCACUUUCCGCUCCGCUCCAACCUAAAGGAGCCAACCGAAAUUCAUUAUUUCCGCCCAUGACGCCAUCAAGUAACCUUUUGCGGGGUUUUGGGAGUCGUCAUGCAGGCGACGCAGAGUUCGCCUACGUCCUCGCAGCUGAGUACCGCGAUCGCGUACUUACGCUUUCCUUUCGCGAGAUGCUUCUCUCUGGAUAUGGUCUCGAUAACGCAUCACAACACAAUAAGUCCAACGUUAUGUUACAGUACGAGCAGGUGGAGUAUGGACCUGGCACAUCCCCUGCUUCUAAACGAUAG